CAAACCAAGCAGUACAUCGCUGUCAGAAUUGUAUUUUCGUUUUGUUAUUUCGCAUUCUGCAGGUUCUUAUUUUGCUUUAUGGGAAAACACAAGAAUAGCGUUCAAAAUUCCAUAAUCGUGGAGUUUAUGGAAAAUAACCCCGACAUCGCUAAGGGCUACACAAAACGAGAUAAGGCACUCGUUAACGCUCUUUGGCAAGAACUAUCAAAUUCUUUAAAUAGCGCAGGCCCACCCCAAAAGGACGCUAAUGGGUGGAAGAAGGCAUGGACUGAAUGGAAAAGUGAGAUAAGAAAAAAAUUAUCACACAACAAAAAUGAAGCUCGAGCGACUGGUGGUGGGCCCUUCACUAAACAUCAACUGACGCAAUUGGAAGAAUCAAUCGUCCGUAUAUGUGGAAUUGAACGUUCAGUUUAUGGUGUUACAGGCGUUGCAAUUGGUCACGUCGAACCUUCAGAUGACCUUAUCGAAGAAGUACUCGAUGAAACGAACAGCGAUAUUCCGUCAACGUCAUCAAAGCGACAAAUGGAGCCUUCCAGUAUUGGAAGCACUCCAAAAAGGCCAAGAGUGGAGAGCACAGCAGAGAGUUUAAAAAAUUUUUUGAAAGAGGACAACGAAAUAAAAAUGGAAAUGAAUGAGAAAUUGGAUGAGCUAAUAAAAAUUGGCAAUGAAAACGCAAAAAGUUUUACACAUAUUCAUCGAGCAGUCGAAGACAUGGUAGAAUGUUGUACGCAAAUAUUAACCGUCAUGGAAGAAAAGAAUCAAAUAGAAAAACAGCGACUAGACCUCAGCAUCAAAAAAUUUGAUUUCCAAAGACAACUAAAUGGUUAUAACUAGGGUUGUGUGCUUAAUUUUUUAGUUAAAAAUUUAAUAACUUACCGAAUUACUUUUAAUUUUUCACUAAUCAAAACGGAAUAUAAUCCUUUAUCACAAACGAAUUUAUUCGAAUUCGAUUGGAGUGUAUUCAUAGUCAAAAUUAAGUUGAUGCUUAAAGUUAGUUGCAGCUUUUUGGCUUAAAUUUUAAUGGGUUAUCGGUCAAAAGAGCUACAUCUAACUUUAAAUAUCUACUUAAUUUUGAAUAUUACUGCGCCCCAUUGAUAAUAUUUUCAUUAUUCAAAUACUUUAAAUACCUUAUUUUGUUUUAAAUAGUUCCUUUUCCCAGCUUUUCAUAUUUUUUGCAUUUUAAACAUAUGUACAUAUAUAUGUAUGUACCUACAAGCAUAGGCAGUGGUUCGCAGCCAAAAUGAUAAACCCGACAAAAUGUUUAUUUUGUUAAUAUUCACUAAGUUUUUCUUAGCAGCUGAACUUGCACCU